AUGACCUGUGAAACGCUCCGCAAUGAGCGAAAUCGAGUGGCCAUUACCUGGCUUAUCACCAACCGUACACUCCUACAUCCGUGCAAAACAGCCCUCAAAAUGCCUGAGCCCAUCGCAACCCCUGCAGCACCCGUUGCUCCCGCCGUUGCCACCAAGACGAUCGCCGAGCCCACCACGAUAGGGUCGGUAUUCGCCUCGCUGGGUCUGCCUGCUCCCGGGUCCAAGAUUCCUGGUGUCUUCGAUGGCACCACUUGGACGCAUGGUGCAUCCACCUCGUCUACUCUGACUUCGGUCAACCCCGCUACUGGCGCCACGCUCGCUACCGUAUCCUCGGCUACCUCGGCCCAAGUCUCGUCCGUAAUUGCCGCAGCUCACUCAGCCCAGCGCAAGUUCGCCAUGGUCCCCGCUGCCACUCGCGGUGCGGUCAUGAAAGACAUCUGCGCAGCUUAUCUCGAACACAAGCAUGCUCUCGGCGCCUUGAUCUCGUACGAGAUGGGCAAAGUUCUUUCCGAAGGCAAAGGAGAGGUACAAGAGGUCAUCGAUGUGGCUGAUAUGGCCGUCGGGCUGUCAAGAAGCAUCGCAGGGUCCGUCUUGCCUUCUGAACGCCAGGGACAUGUUAUCUACGAGAUUCCCAACCCGCUCGGCCUGGUGGGCGUCAUCACCGCCUUCAACUUCCCCGUCGCCGUUCACGGCUGGAACUUCUGCCUUUCCUUCGUCUGCGGCAACGCUACCAUCUGGAAGCCUUCGCCCACCACUCCCUUGACAGCAAUUGCCACCACGAAGCUCAUCGUGAAGGUCCUCGAGAAGCACAACCUCCCCGGCGCGCUCGCCUCGCUUGUCUGCGGUGACGUCGAGACCGGUCAGACACUUACGCGCGACGCCCGCAUCCAAUUGACCUCGUUCACCGGCUCCGAGCACAUUGGCAAGCUCGUAGCGCAAGAUGUUGCCGCUCGUCUCGGAAAGAUCCUCCUCGAGCUCGGCGGCAACAAUGCGGCCAUUGUACUCGACGAUGCGGAUCUUGAUCUUGCCGUCCCUGGAGUCGCGUUUGCUGCUGUUGGAACCGCUGGUCAGAGGUGCACCACCACGCGUCGUCUGCUGUUGCAGCGCGGUAUCGCGGAUCGAUUCCUGGAGCGAUUGGUCAAGUUCUACACUUCAUUGCAGCAGAAAAACUUGAUCGGUGAUCCGACCGAUUCCAACAUCCUAUGCGGUCCAUUGCACUCCAGAGCUGCCGUUGAGAAAUACUGGCAGACGCUCGACACGAUCCGCUCCACCGGCGGAAAGGUCAUCUUUGGUCCGGAGUCGCAAUCUUCAUCUGGUCUGCCGUCUCACCUAGUCCAAGGCAAAGGCAACUUUGUCUUGCCUGCCAUCACGAUUCCCUCAAGCUCCACCGACAAGGUCUUCCAGGAGGAAGUCUUUGCCCCCAUCCUCAACGUCGCGCUCUUCGACACGCUCGACGAAGCCAUCGCGCUCAACAACGAUGUGCGUCAAGGACUCUCGAGCUCGCUCUUCACUUCGAAGCUGACCAACAUUGGAGAGUGGCAAGGUGCACUCGGAAGCGAUUGCGGCAUCGUCAACGUCAAUGUUAGCACGAGUGGAGCAGAGGUGGGUGCUGGCUUCGGAGGCAACAAGGCGACCGGUUGGGGAAGAGAGUGCGGCGGUGACGCGUGGAAACAGUACUGCAGGUGGGCGACGAGCACGGUCAACUACAGCAGGAAGGUGGCGCUCGCCCAGGGAGUCGUGUUUGAUGCCUGA